AUGCUGCUUCUGCUCAUAAGUGCUUUUGUCCUUCUCCCGUGGGCUGGGGCUGGAAGGAUCGUUGGUGGACAGGACGUUAAGCCCCACUCCAGGCCCUACAUGGCCUGUGUGUCUGUUACAAGUGACUUAGGUGGAUGUAAUCCAGAGACAUUUACGUGUGGAGGCUUCUUGAUCCACCCAGGAGCAGAGCUCUCCGCAGCUCACUGUGUGGCUGGAAGAAGGGAAGGCUCUGUCUUUCUGAAAGUGACUAUCAGAGUCACCCUGGGAGCCCACAACAUGAAAGAGGAAGAACCAGGUUGGCAGGUCUUCCACGUUGACCACUGGGUCAUCCACCCCAGUUAUUCAGAAACUAACCUCAAAAAUUACAUCAUGCUGCUGAAGCUGAAGCCAAAAGCCAAACUGACUAAGGAGACCAGUCAAAAUGAUUAUGUGAAACCAGGAAGGACAUGCCAAGUAGCUGUCUGGGGCAGGACAUCACCAAAUGAAGGCCUGAGUAGUGUUCUGAGAGAAGUGGACCUGAAGGUGCAGAGAAACUGUGUGAAGACUUUCAAGAGGCAGUAGAUACAGCAGGCUAUGAUCUGUGCUGGUGAUAAGGAUGGCAAAAAAUCUACUUUACCUGGUGAUUCUGGUGGCCCCUUGGUCUGCAAAGGGAAGGCUCAUGGCAUCAUUUCCCAUGGACACAGAAAUCACUUCUUCCCUUUAGUAUUUACCAGAGUGUCCUAUUUUGAGCUCUGGAUACGUAAAGAGCUGAGCAGGUUUCUGCUCCAAGGCCUGCCUGAGGCUUCCUCCUCGGACUAA